AUGUCGCGGCCCGCGGCGGCGGGAGGGAGGGAGAAGCUCGGGCAGCAGCGGCGGCGGAAAGACAAAAUGGCUGCUGCACAAGCGGAAGUGAGGUGGGGCCGCGCGCGCGCAGGAGGGGCCGGGAAGGGGCGGGGGCGCGGCGGAGCGGGCCCGCCAUGCUGGAAGCGGGCAGGGCAGAGGCCGGAGCCGCCAUGCUGGAGCCGGGCAAAGCCGGCGGCGGGAGCCGGGGACGCUCCCGGGGCAAUCCCGGUGCGGUGCCGGCUCCGAAACCGUAGCGGCUUCCGCUCCAGAGCUGCCUCGGGAGCAAGAGCUGCGAGGGGAGGAGCAGGGCCAUUCGCGCCGAGCGGGAGCAGCACCGGCGCGGGCGGGGCUGUUUUGUUUGCAAGAGGCAAGAAAGAAAAUCCAUCAGACGUGAACCGCGCCUUUUACUUGUCCCAGCUCUGCGCUGGCUUUUCCACCUGUAGCACGCGAGGCAGGAGCCGGGGCUGUGGCGCCCAGGGAAAGCGCAGCAGCAGCAGCGACCCUUCCUUUCCUUCCCCUGCGCUGGUACCUGCGGGACGCGCCUGGAGCGGGCAUCCCCAAACACUGAGGGAGCAGCACCGCCCAAAGGCGCUAUUUGUACGGAAAAGGGUUCUGUGUUUGGGUUUUCGGCUUAUUUCAACAAUGGCAGUGGUGGAAUACUGCAACAAGUGGCCCUGGGAGGUUGUGGAAUCUGUGUCCUUGGAGUUGUGUUCAUUACUCGGCUGGAUACUGAGCAAUCUCAUCUAAACAAACACAUUUGGAUGUCCUCUGGACCUCCUUUUUAACCCAAAUUAUUUUGUGGGUCUGUGACAAACGCAAGAAGGCUCCUCAAAUACCAGCUCCAUCUUGCCUGCUACCUGAGCCACUCAGUGAAGACUGGGGAAGCA